AUGUUGCCUCUCUUCUUCUUCCUCAUACUUCUUCCCACCGCUUAUUCAGUUUCUUUCCAAAUAACUCGAUUUGAACCCACUGCCACCGACAUACUGUAUCUGGGUGAUGCUGUACCUUCUGUUGGAGCCAUUGAAAUGAUCAACAAAUAUAGGUAUGUAUGCCGAGUAGGUUGGGCCAUCUAUGCUAAGAGGGUGCCGCUCUGGGACUCUGAUACGAGAAAGCUCACUAACUUUACUACACAUUACUCCUUCACUAUCAACACCCAAGGCGCUCCCCAUUAUGCCAGUGGGCUAGCAUUCUUCUUGGCUCCUGCUGGGUUUGAAAUCCCGCCAAAUUCAUGUGCUGGAUUUUUAGGCCUAUUCAACACCACAACCAGAGCUGAUUCAUCUUGGAACCAAAUUAUUCUUGUUGAGUUCGAUUCAUUCCCGAACCCUGAAUGGGAUCCUCCAGUUGAGCAUGUGGGGAUUAACACCAACUCAAUUGCUUCUGCUAUUUACACCCCUUGGAAUGCCAGCUCGCACAGUGGAGACACUGCUGAUGUAUGGAUCACCUACAAUGCUUCUACCAAGAAUUUGAGUGUCUCUUGGAAGUACCAAACAACCUCUAAUACAUCGGAGAAUACCAGUCUUUCUUAUGAAAUUGAUCUCAGGGAAAUUCUUGCCGAGUGGGUCACAGUUGGAUUUUCAGCCACUACAAGUCAGUACGGAGAGCGAGUUCAAAUUCAAUCGUGGGAAUUCAGUUCAAGUUUAGACAUUAAGGAAAAAAAUGGAAAUAAUGCAAAAAAGAAGAGAUUAGUGGUUGGUUUAACAGUUUCAGGUGGUGUUAUGAUCAUAGCAGGGGCAAUUACAACGUUUGUAAUAUUGUGGACAUGGAAGGGAAAGAAGAAGGGAACGGCAGAUACUGUGAACGUAAUAUCGAUAAACGACGACCUAGAAAGAGGAGCGGGACCAAGAAGGUUCUAUUAUAACGAGCUUGCUUCAGCUACCUACAACUUCUCAAAUGAGAGGAAGUUGGGUGAAGGAGGGUUUGGUGCCGUUUACAAAGGGUAUUUGACUGAUUUAGACAUGCUAAUCGCUGUGAAGAAAAUCUCAAGGGGGUCUAAACAGGGGAAGAAAGAAUACAUCACCGAGGUGAAGAUCAUUAGCCGGCUGAGGCACCGGAAUCUUGUGCAACUCAUAGGAUGGUGCCAUGACAGAGGUGAGUUCCUACUUGUCUAUGUGUUUAUGCCAAAUGGUAGCCUUGAUGCUCACCUCUUUGGGAAGAGGAGUCCUCUCCCUUGGGUAGUGAGAUACAAGAUAUCUCUUGGGUUGGCCUCCGCGUUGCUCUAUCUUCAUGAAGAGUGGGAGCAAUGUGUGGUGCACCGUGAUAUCAAAUCCAGUAAUGUGAUGCUAGACUCUAGUUUCACUGUCAAGCUCGGUGACUUUGGGUUAGCUCGGCUUAUGGAUCACGGCCUAGGUUCUCAAACAACCGGGUUGGCCGGAACUCUAGGAUACAUGGCUCCAGAAUACAUAAGCACAGGUAGAGCUAGUAAAGAGUCGGACGUGUAUAGCUUUGGGGUGGUUGCAUUAGAAAUUGCUACUGGAGGAAGGUCAGCUGAUCGUAUGGAAGAGGAUUCUGACAUAGGGUUUGUCCAGUGGGUUUGGAAUCUUUACGGGAGAGGAGAUCUUCUUUUGGCAGUGGAUGGGAAGCUGCAAAAUGAUUUCGACGAAAAACAAGUGGAGUGCUUGAUGAUUGUUGGACUUUGGUGUGCUCACCCUGAUCGAAGUCUUAGGCCCUCCAUUAGGCAAGCAAUUCACGUUCUUAAUUUUGAAGCAACAAUGCCAAAUCUUCCAACACAGAUGCCUGUUCUCAUGUAUCAUGUACCAACACUAGCUGUCAGUUCUGUUGAACCUUCCAUAACUUCAAGCCUUCAGCAUGGUCGUUGAACAAGUGAACCAUCUUGGUUUUUAAAACUAGCAUAAUCACUUUAGCCUGGCUAGCAUUAAGGUAAAUGAGAUAUAUCUGUUUUAAUUAUAUAUGGAUACAUCUGUAAGGGUUAAUAUUUCAAAACUAGCAUAAUCACAUCUAAUAAGCAGAGUAUUUCUUGU